UAAAUAUUUUGACAAUUUAAAAAAACUGUUGCACAAGAAAAUCAACAGUGAUCAUCAAACUGAGAGUGUGUCAUGGAAGCAAGCCUGUUGACAAUCCAUGACGAAGAUUUUUCUAUGGAAUACGACCCUUAUGAUACAUCACAAGAGUCACCUCAUUCACUUAUGACAAUGAUUGAUGAUGACUAUGAUUAUUCAGAUUUCACCCAAACUGAUGAGUAUCAAACUAAUAAUCCAUCAGGAGAUAUAUGGAAUGAUGAUGAACAAAAAAUCAAUGGAGAUUGGGCUGUCUUACCAAAUUGUGGAGUAGCUAGUAAUGUACUUCCAGAAUUAGAAGAAUUUUCAAAUACAUAUCCAUCAGAUUGGCCAUCUGUUUUUGAAAAUAAUGAAUUGGGAGACAUGUAUAAUAUUCCAAGUUUUUCACUGAAUACAUCAGUUAAUAUGCAUACAAAUUCAUCAGCUGAAAUACUGCCAGAUGAUUUGCUUAAUUUAUCUUCAAUUAAAUAUGAAGCAUCAUCAAAUGAAAAUAAUGAAGAACAUUCCUCUUUAGCCAACAAUUUUAUUGAUCCUGAUAUUAUUAGUUCAAAUGUAUUGACAAUGAAAGAUAUGGGAUAUUUUUUAAUAGAUAAUAUACCAAAACUUCCAAGUUCACCUGAUAAACUAUUUAAUUAUACAUCACCACCAAAAAAUAAUAAUAUGAAAAUUAAAACUGAGUCAAAAAUACAAAAUGAAAUUGAUGAUUGUGUUGAUGUUGUAACAGUGCCUGAGUAUACAUCUGUUUUAGAAGCUGGUGAUGCUAUAAGUUUACUUGAACAAUUUGAAGCAUCUGAAGUUGAUAAUAAAAUUGAUAAAAAAUCUGUUAAUAAUAAUAAUAAUUUACAAAUGAAAAAAAAUUUACCAAUUGAUAAGCCGAAAAAGAAAAUACUCAAGAAAACAAUUAAUUCUUCACAAGCAUCAAAGCUACAUAAAAAUAUACGUGAUUCAUUGCCAAAAGAAAUUGUUGAUAGAAUAAAAUCAUCUGGUCGUAGUAAAACAGCAAUUGUUAUUCCAGGACCAGCUGAAAAAACAAAAACUGAAUUACCAAUAGUACAACAACAACAGCAGCAACAGCAACAAUUAUUAACAAAAAAUAAAAAUAUAAAAAAUAUUACACAAGCUGAAAGAAAUGACAUGGACAAGUCAAUUCAACUUGAUCAUGAUUAUUGUAGCAAUAAUAUGACAAAAAAAUUACCAGCAACAAAAAAACAACAACCAAUUCAAGAUAAAAAACGUAACAAUACCAAACAGUCAUCAUUAAAUACGAAUAAUUUAGGUCGUAUUGCUGUUUGUAAAGAUAUUGAUAAACGUGCUGAUAAAUGGAAUGAUAGUAAUUCAAAAAAAGAUAGUGGUUUAGAAUCAGGUGAUGUUAGUGAUGCUAAUGAUGAACAAAUAAUUAUAAAUAAUACUGAAACAAUAAAGAAAAAAUUAAUAAAUAAAAAUAAUACAAAAAAAAUUAAUAAUAUUAUAACAACAGCAACAACAGCAACAACACCAACACCAACAAAUAUUGAUGUUAAUAAAAAUAAUAAAAAUAUUAAAAAUAAUACGAAAAAUAUUAAUAUUAAAAAUAAUAAAAAUCACAAUGAAAUUCAAAAAAAUUCUGGUCAUACAAGUAGAAUACUACAAGUACCAAAUUCUGCUGUAACGAAAAAUAAAAAUAUUGAUAUUGGUCAUAGAAAUAAGCCAAUGGUUUCAGUUUUAAAAAAACCAAAUGAAAGUAUAGUUACAACGAAAAAUAGUUUUAAUAAUGAUGUUAAAAAUAUUAUUGUUCGUGGCUCAAACCCAUUAUCUGUUUCUUCAUCUUCAUCAACAUCAUCAACAGCAGCAACAGCGUCAGUAGCAGCAACAGUUACUCCUACAGUGACAACAGCAUCUAAAGUGUCAACAAAGCUAACACCAACAAUGGCAGUAGCAGCAACAUCAGCUGAAACAAAAACAACAACAUUAACAUCAGCUGAAACAACAACAUUUACAAAUGAUGAUGAUAAAAAAAAAUUAAAAAAAACAAUAAAUUUAAGUGAAUACAGAAAUAGACGUGGUCAUGCAUUAAGUGAUAAUAGUAGAACUUGUUCACCAAUUCAACCAAUGACAUUGGUUUAUGUUAAUAAUGCAUCAACAUCAACUGAGCCAAUUAUUGAUAAAUUAGGUAAUCCAAUAUGGUCAGAAAGAGAAAUAAUAUCACAUUUAAAGCCAAAAUUUGAAUUUGAAGAUACAAAUACACGUGUUAAGCCAGAAUAUCGUAGUAUAUCAAUUCAAACAAAUGAAACAGUCUUCCAACCAAUAAAUAAAAUUGAUGAUAAUAAUUUAGACGAUGAUAAAAUUACUGAUAAUAAUAUACAAACAAUACAAUUAAAUAAUCAUGAUAAUCCAAUUAUAAAUAUUCAAUUGAAUGACAAUAAUGAUGAUAAAAAAUUAAGUCAAUUAAAUAAUACCGAUGAUGAUAAUAAUAAUAAUAAUAAUAAUAAUGAUAAUAAUAAAGCACAAACAAUUCAAUUAAAUGAUAAUAAUGAUAAUGAUAAAGAAGAAACACAAAUAAUUCAAUUAAAUAAUGAUAAUGACAAAUUAAAAAAUAAUUUAAAUAAUAGUGAUGAAAAAACAACUCAAUCAAUUGAUAAAAAAACAACUCAAACAAUUGAUAGAAAAAUUCCACGUAGUUAUCGUCAACGUACAGCAUCAUCCUCAUCAUCUGCAUCAUCAUCUUCAUCUCUAUCUUCAUCAUCAUCAUCAUCUUCAUCUUCAUCUUCAUCAUCAAGUUCAAGAAAUCGAUCAAGAUCACCAACUUAUACUCGUAAAUAUUCACGUAGAAGAUCACGUCCUGGACGACCACCAAAAUUUAAGAAUUCUUGUACUUGGUGUGGUGAAACAAAACAACAAUUAAAUUAUGUAUUACCAACUCAUUAUGGAAAAAAAGAAUUUUGUUCAGAGACAUGUUUAACUGAAUUUCGUAAGGCUUAUGGACGUGGUGCAUGUGUACAAUGUGAUAAUGUUAUACGUGGUACACCAGUUAGACUUGAAAAAACUGAUGGUCCAACAAAAGAUUUUUGUUCAUCAUUAUGUUUAAAUAAACAUCAGAAAAAAGAAUUAUUGGCUGAACCAAAAAAAUAUCAAAAUUCUUUAGAUCAACCAUCACCUACUGCAUCACCAGCACCUUCUGGAAUUCCAAGCAGUAGUAGUGGUGGUGGUGGUGGUACUACUACAAGUCAGAUUACUAAUCCCAACAACAACAACAAUAACAACAAUAAUAACACUAGUGCUAUAUCUCAAUCACAUUCAUUAAAUAAUAAUAAUACACAAAUAAAUAUACCACCAGCAACAACAGGACCAUUUCAAUAUGAAACUUAUCAGACAUUUGAUUGGGAACGUUAUUUGGAUGAAACAAAUAGUGUACCAGCACCAAUUGAAGCAUUUAAACAACAAGCAAUACCACCAACAAAUGAAUUUAAAAUUGGUAUGAAACUUGAAGCUCUUGAUCCACGUAAUUUAACAUCAACAUGUAUUGCAACAGUUGUUGGUGUAUUGGGACCACGUUUACGUUUACGUCUUGAUGGUUCAGAUAAUAAAAAUGAUUUUUGGCGUCUUGUUGAUAGUAAUGAAAUACAUCCAAUUGGUCAUUGUGAAAAAGAAGGUGGUAUGUUACAACCACCACUUGGUUUUCGUAUGAAUGCAUCAAGUUGGCCAAUGUUUUUAUUAAAAACAUUAAAUGGUGCUGAAAUGGCACCAGCAAAAGUAUUUAAAACAGAACCACCAACACCAUUAAAAAAUUUAUUUGAUGUUGGUUUUAAACUUGAAGCAAUUGAUAAAAAAAAUCCACAACUUAUUUGUACAGCAACUGUUGGUGCUGUUAAAGAUGAUAGAAUACAUAUUACAUUUGAUGGUUGGCGUGGUGCAUUUGAUUAUUGGUGUCGUUAUGAUUCACGUGAUAUAUUUCCACCAUCAUGGUGUUUUAAAAGUGGACAUCCAUUACAACCACCACGUCAAAAAGCAUCUGGACCAAAUCGUUUUAAAGCACGUAAUAGUAAUGUAUUACCAGUAACAGCUGUAUCAGGUAAUAAUAAUACCAAUAACAAUAACAACAACAAUAACAAUAACAACAAUGGUAAUGGACUUGAACCAGCAAUUGCACUUGUUAGUCCUGGUAAUUUUAAUUCACCACCACAAACAGCAACUGAACCAGAUACAAGUACAACAACAAUAACUACAACUCCAACUACUCCUACACCUACACCUACUCCUACCAACACCAACAACAAUGUUAAUAUUAUUAAUAAUAAUAAUAAAAUACCAACACUUGAUAAUGUGACAAUAUAUGUUAAUCAUAAUUGUUCAUGUGGUCCAUAUUUUGAUGUUAAAAAAAUUAAAACAAUGCCUAUUAAAUUUGGCAGUGGAAAAAUAUCAAAUGUUAUUAAAGAUAUAUUUCAAGGUUUAUUAAUGGCUGCAACUAGUCCAAGACAAGUAUUGAGUUUAUUUAGACAUGGUGAAGGUGAAUAUAUUAAUUUAACAAUUGAUAAUAAAACAGUAUCAAUAAGAUUACCUGUAUUUAUGGAACAAGAAGAUUUUUAUAUUUAUAUUAAACGACAACUUGAAGAUUUAUGUGUAUGUGAAAGAAUGUUAUGGAAAAUACAAGAAUCAUGUGAUAAAUGUCGUCCAAUAAUUAUUAAACAUGAACGUGAAGAUAAUAAUAAUACAACAGCUGAUAAACGUAAUUGGUCAGGUAAAAAUAAUGAUUUAAAAUCAUCAUCAAUUAAUUUAGAACAAAAGAAGCUAAUAAAUGGAACAACAUCGUCAUCAUCAACAUCAACAAGCAAUGUUGUUAUUGAUGAUAAUUUAUCAGGACCAACACCAGCUAAACAACCAAGAAAAUCAAUGCCAGAACUUGAGGCAGCAACAUCAACAACACAAUUAGAAACACCAUCAUCAAGAAUAGCAACAACUGAACCAGCUGAAUGGACUAUUGAAGAUGUUAUUUAUUAUAUUAAUUUUACUGAUCCAGCACUGGGACAACAUGCUGAUCUUUUUCGAAAACAUGAAAUUGAUGGUAAAGCAUUGCUUCUUCUUAAUUCUGAUAUGAUGAUGAAAUACAUGGGUUUAAAACUUGGUCCUGCAUUGAAAAUUUGUAAUUUAGUCAAUCGCAUAAAAGGAAGACGACACACAUCACUCUGACCAACGAAAAAUAUUUAAAUUUUUAUUUCAUGUGACUUUAAUUAUCGGUACUUUUAAUUAUUAUUUCUUUUUUUUUUUUUUUUUUUUGAAAAAAAUUUAUUUUGUUUAUUGACUGGCAUAGUUUCAUGAUAUGAUGAUAACAACUAUUAUUUUAUUUUUUGAUUAUAAAUAGUCAUGAUGAUUUUGUGUUGAUCACUAUUUAUUAUUGACUCAACAAUCCGUUAAUGUGCUAAAUGUCAAACAUUAUACAGCAUUUAUAUAAUAAUCAUUAUUAUUGAUUUAAAAAUAAUAACUAAACAAUGAUUAUUGAUGAAAAAUCAUGCAGAUAUUUUUUUUUUUUUAUGUUAAAAGGGUAUUAAAAAAUUUAAAAUAAAUCCAAAAUGGCAAAAUGCUUGUCAUAAAUCUUAAUGACAAUAUUUGUUUUAUAUAAAAUAAUUAUGUAAAUUAUGGUUUUUAAUUGACAAUUAUUAUUGUGUUAUUUAACUGAUGAUUAAAUUUUUAUUUAGAAUUUUUUUUUUCUUUAUUAUUUAUCUGAGAGCAUGGGUAUAAUUUUUACCGUACUAAAUCUCUUUAAAAAAUAAAUCAAAUAUCUUGUAUUAUGAAAAAAAUGAAAAUAUGAAAUUACAAGAAUUUAAAAUAUAUAUUUAAAAAAAAAGCACUACUAUUGUAAUUUUAAAAAAAAACUUUUAAAUGUAGAUAAAAUUCGUAUAAAUUAAUUCAAGUCUUCAAAAAAAAAAAACAUUCAAUAAUGUUAAUUAAUUUUUUUUUUAUUAUUGCAUUUAAAAUAUCAUUUUUUUUUUUUUUUUUUUCUUAUAUAGCUUCCAUUCUUGGAGGAAAAAAAAAAAACAGAGGGAAAAAAUAUUAAUCAAGUAAAAUAGUUUUUAUCUUGAGAAAUGAUAAAAUUAAAAAAAAAAAAAAUGUAAAUAAGUUAUCAAGUAAUUUCUGUAUUGAGAGUCUCAAUUGAUCUCUUGAAAAAAAAAAAAAAAAUUAAUCGAUUUUAAUGCCAAGAAACUGUCAGUCUAUUUUGAGUAGAAAUAAUUAUUUUGCACAAAAUUUUGGGUUAAUUAUUAAUUAUUUUUCAAGUAAUUUUAGUUUGUACCAAAGGCA